GGGGCUGCUGCUGUAGUAAUGGAGGGGGUCACCGUCGGCCAGGUAUUUGAUGCGGAAUGCAUCCUCAGCAAACGGCCGAGAAAGGGCAAGUUUGAGUAUCUGGUGAAGUGGAGAGGGUGGUCGUCUAAGCACAACAGCUGGGAGCCAGAAGAAAAUAUCUUGGACCCGAGGCUGCUGGCAGCUUUCCACAAAAGGGAACAAGAGAGAGAGCUUCUGUUCCAGAAGAAAGGAAAGAGGCCGAGAGGACGACCACGGAAGAUUCUGCCGCCUUUACCAGCCUCGACGAAAGACAGCCGCUCCUCGUCCUCCUCUUCCUCGGGCCUUUCGUCGUCCGCCUCCUCCUCUUCCUCCGAGGACGAAGAUCACACCAAGAAGGCGAAGCCCGGCCCGCGCGUCCUCCCCGUGCCGCAGAAGAGGCCGCAGAUCGUGCUCGCCAAACCCGAUCCUCCCUGCAAGAAGAAGCGCGGGAGGAAGCCGCUGCACCCGGACCUGCGGGCGCUACGGCAGGCCAAGAGCGGACCGCCACCGCUGCCAACUCUUCCUCCUUCCCCUCCUCCCCUUCCUCCUCCUCCUCCUCCUCCUCUUCCUCCACGCCACCACCAGCCCCACCACCAGGUGCUCCGACCAUCCCGGGACGAUCCUCGGCCCGGUGUGAAGAAACCUCUGCAGCCGGCCAGCUUCACCUACACCGGGCUGAGCCGGGCCUCCAGAGAAGAGGCCUCCUCCGCCUCCAGGACGAGCGCCAGCUCCUUCUCCCCGGCACCGUCCAAACCCGGGUCCCUCGGCUGCGUGUGGACCAGCCGCUCCAUGUCUCCGUCCUCGUCCUCCUACAGCAAAACCAGUUCCCCACAGAGGAACUCUCUGUCCGAAGGCCCCAGGUACAAGGCGUCGGGUUCGGGGUCUCUGGGCUCGCACGGCAGCUUCGUGGGCGGCCAGGCGGCCGUGCAGCGUUCCCCGCUGAGCCAGAGGAGGCAGGAGGGCCCCGCGGCGGGUCCACACAGGCACCAGAACCUCGCCAAACCCGGCCCGCCGCGAGACCGAGCCAAUCAGAACCAGGCGCUCAGCCUGCAGAGCGUGGUGGGCAAGGCCCCGGGCGCCAGCUGCCUAGCAGGAAACAGUGCGUCAGCAGCGUCGAGGUCGAGCCUGAGGAGCGGCAGCGUCGUCGUAAAAGGAGGAGCCUCAAAGAGCGCCAAAGGGACUCGAACGCCCGGCAGCGGCGGCCACCAGCGCCCUGGACUGGCGCCGGGCGGCGGCGGCGGCGGCGGCUCCGAUCUCGGGAGGUCCCGGGACGACAGGGGCGAGGAGGCGCCGGCGGGGAGCGUCUCCGGCGGGCGCCUCGAGGACCGGAAACGCCUCGCGCUCGCCGCCCAGAACCGGAGCCUGAACGAGCUCAGCACGGGCGACUCGGACGAGACCAGCAGCAGCCAAUCGGAGCGCGACGAGGCCUCGCCGUUCCCAAACAACAACAACAACAACAACGGCGGCGGCGGCGGCGGCGGCGGGGGACCCAGGCUCGGAAAUGAGUCCGACACGGAGACGGACUGGCGGCCGGCGCGCAGCCUCCUGGAGCACGUGUCGGUCACCGACGUGACGGCGAACUUCAUCACGGUGACGGUGAAGGAGUCGCCGACCAGCGUCGGCUUCUUCAACGCCAGGAAUCACUGAUUGGUCGGCUGACGAAUACGUCUGGGGACUUCUCGUGCUGUCACAAAAACAGACGAUAACACAGUACAGGCCGAAAGUUAGGACACACCUUCUCAUUCAAUGUGUUUCCUUUUUAUUUUCAUGACUAUUUACAUUGUAGAU